CGCCGUGGAGCACCGCCUCCGCGAAUAAAAGGCGGAGGCAGACCCGGAGCCAGCAGGACUCGGAUGGACCUGCAGCCCCGCAAGAACAUGAGGAAACCCGGGAAGCUGAGCUGCAGCGUGAAGCUGUUCGUCCUGUGCCACAGCCUCCUGCAGUUUUCUCAGCUGCUCUACAGCUCCUACUUCAAGAGCACCAUCUCAACCAUCGAGAGACGCUACGGCCUCAGCAGCUACGCCUCAGGAACCAUUUCCUCUCUGAAUGAGGUCAGCAACAGCAUCCUGAUUGUGUUCGUCAGCUACUUUGGGAACCGUGUCCACCGGCCUCGCGUCAUUGGACUGGGCGGCCUGCUGAUGGCUGUUAGUGCCAUAAUCCUCACCUUACCUCACUUCCUGUCCGAGCACUACGAUUACGACUCUGUUCUGCACAACCGCCACGACAUCUGCGUCCUGCAAGGAAACAGCAGCAGCACCGAGUCCUGCAGCCGAGACGAAAGCAAGCGGCUGAAGGACACCGGCAACCUGUGGCUGCUGAUGGGCAGCGCUCAGCUGCUGUUCGGCGUGGGCUCCGUCCCCAUCCAGCCCUUCGGCAUUUCCUACAUAGAUGACUUUGCAGAGCGGAACAACUCCCCCCUGUACAUCGCCAUCCUGUUUGCGGUGUCUGUGUUCGGCCCGGCCAUCGGCUACCUGCUGGGCUCGUUUGUCCUGCAGAUCUACGUGGACGUGGACAGGAUCGGUCUGGGAAAGAAGCAAGACCUAUCACUGCAGGACCCCCGCUGGGUGGGGGCCUGGUGGAUUGGUCUGCUCAUCUCCGCGGGCUGCCUGGUCCUAUCCUCCAUCCCGUACUUCUUCUUCCCUCGCCAGAUGCAUUCAGAGAGCAAAGAGACAAAAAGUCAAGCGGACGUGAAUGAGGACUUGAAGAAGGCUGACGUCUCUCUGUUCGAGUUCCUUAAAAUGUUUCCCAGGAUGUUUGUCAGCCUCCUGCUGAGCCCUUUCUUCCUGCUGCUGAUCCUGGCGCAGUGCUGCUUCUCCUCCGUCAUCGCAGGUCUCUCCACCUUCCUCAGCAAGUUUCUGGAGCGGCAGUAUGGAGCUUCCGUGUCCUACGGCAGCCUGCUAGUGGGUGCUGUGAAUCUGCCGUCCGUGGCCGUGGGCAUGCUGGCAGGUGGGGUCAUCAUGAAGAAAGUGGGGCUCUCUGUGAAGGUCAUCCCUCGCUUCUCUGUGGUCAUGCUCACCGUUUCCACCCUGCUCUGCAUCCCGCUCUUCUUCAUGGGCUGUCCGACCCCCAGAGUAUCAGAGGUCAAUCACAGGCUGGACCGGCCUCUAUCCAUCUGCUAUCAGAACUGCUCCUGCCCCACCUCUGCCUUCAACCCUGUGUGCGGCUCAGAUGGUGUCGAGUACAUUUCUCCGUGUCACGGCGGCUGCACAAACUUCACCAAAGACCCCAACAACACGAACAAGAUUCAGGAGUACACAAACUGCAGCUGCAUCCCAGGCAGUCAGAGUCAGGCCCGAUCAGGUCCAUGUAAAAACAGCUGCUCUCAUUUGCUCCUGCCCGUCGUUCUCGUCCUCUCUCUGGCAUCCCUCAUCGCUUGCUUCACCCACAACCCAAUAUACAUGAUGGUGCUCAGAUGUGUUCCUUCUGAGGAGAAGUCAUUUGCCAUUGGAAUACAGUUUUUACUCAUGAGGAUAUUAGCCUGGCUUCCAGCUCCGGCACUUUUCGGCAUAGUCAUCGACUCUUCCUGCAUCAAAUGGAAGAUGGUGUGUGGAAUGAAGUUUAGCUGUGGUUACUACGACAACACCAUCUUGAGAAACCGGUACUUGGGUUUGCAGGUGGGCUUUAAAACCCUGGGCAUUCUCCUUUUGAUGCUGCUGGGGUGGAAGGUGCAGCGGACCAAAGAGUACAGUCUGGAGGAGAAGAAGUCUGGAGGAUUGCUAAGGCCCUAGCGCUCUGUUGAGCCUGGCCUUUCACAGCCCUGCUGUGGUCUGAAACAGUUGGAAGCGUGUGGAGCCGAGAGGAGCUGCAUCAGUGAGAGGAAUCGAUAAUCGAGAUGAGUCUACAGUGACCCAGAUUUCUGUUAGGCCGCCGCACCUGUCUGCUGGCAGAGGAGAGAGCAUUAUGGAUAAAUGCUGAUUGCAAGAAAAGAUAUUUUACUCAUCAUAAAUGAAGGCAGGGCGGCUAAAGCGUCCCUCAUCCAUAGCACUGGUACCUUCCAACAUUUAACAUGCAUCCCUGGUGGUCACUGACUGGUCAUCAGAGCAGCUGCACGUCUCUGUAAAUGAACUGUUCCUCCAUGUUUGGAAACGUGUGCAGUUUGUUUGCACUGUAUGUAAUUAAGGAACUGUAGCUUAUUAUUUAAAUUAUUUUUAUAGAUGUUAUUCUUUAAAGCAGACUUUUGCAAUAACCACAACAAAGUCACUUGUAGUCAAUUUCAGUAUUUUAAAUACAGAUCACAGAUGCUUUACUCAUAUUAAAAAGUAAAGAAAGAUACACAGAAAAUACUAUGAUACACCUCACUUUAAAAAUAUAAAGCUAGACAAAGCUGAUUCGUAAAAUAGGCUUAACAUCCACUUUAUGGACUGUAUAUUUGGAAAUGGUUUAUUUCAAUCAAAGCAAAAAUAAUACUAAAGAAGACAACAGAAAUAUAUAUCUAUAGCGAAAUACAUUUUAAACUUAAGAUCAUUAGUCAUAAAAUUGAUUAGAAAAUACAGAUACAUUCACAAUAGUAAAUAACUCAAUCAUUACUCUUAAUCAUACAUAGACAUUUUAGCACUUUUGCAUACAGAACAUGACAUAAUGAAACUAUAAAAAUAAUAAGUUUGUCAAAAGGAGUUCAAUAAAUGUCUUGAAAGGGAAUUUAUAUAAUCAUACCGCUGAAUAUGUUGUCUAAGCUAUUUUUUUUACAGUAUUGUAAAUACCCAUAUUUUUUCACAACAAUAAACCUGAAAAUGACAUGACAAAA